ACCUCAGCCACUGGUCCUGGGCUCUCACUGUAGCCUCUGUAACAAGACUGUGUGUGCAGCUUGCAGUAUAUUCUAUACACGACGGUUCUGUACAGACUGUGUCCAGAGCAAUAUAGCCGAGUUCCCUAGAGAAGUACAACAGGAGGUGCUAAAGAAUGUCGAGUGUUAGUCCGCCCUGGACAGCAGUGGCAUUGUUGGCUGGCCUGGGUGCGGGGUACCUCCUAGCAUGCCUGCUCACCAGACACAAGAGCACUGACCCUCAACUAUCCAGGACCAUAGCAGCUCUCUCCAGCGAGGUGGCAAGACUUCGUGAGGUUGUGGAGGCUGUGAAGAGUGUGGAGCGUGGGCGGAGGAGUGUGAGGAGUGUGGAGACCUCUGACUUUGUGUCUGCUCAGAGUGAGAGUAUAGACAGUGAUGACGAGUUCUUUGAAACAACGCCUAAUACCUCUGAGGCCGGCCUGGAUGAAAGGGGGCGUGGCACUCAGGAGAGUGAGGAGGUGUGUCUGGCGCUAGUGAAGGAGAUAAAGGAACGACUAGAGGGGGACCCACACAAUGUUGGGUUACUAUGGCGACUGGCCAGAGUCCUGACUCACCAAUCCAUGCACAGUCAGGAUGAUGCAGAGACAGAGAAGGAGUUGCUACUUGGAGCUGCUGAGUAUGCCAGGGAGGCACUGUCUCUAGACGAUGGUUGUUGGCAGGCUCAUCAGUGGUACGCUACUGCAGUCGGUUCUAUGUCAAAGUUUCAGGGAACACAACAAAAGAUAGAGCAAGGCUUUGAAUACAAGGAACACAUAGACAGGGCUAUUAGUCUGAACCCAAUCAACCCCACACUUCAUUAUCUGAGUGGGCGGUGGUGUUAUGAGGUGGCAGGUUUGUCCUGGUUAGAGAGGAAAGCUGCCGCUGCUCUGUUUGCCACACCCCCGGAGGCAACGUACGACGAAACACUACAAUCCUUCAUGAGAGCAGAAGAGCUAAACCCAGGAGCUUGGAAGGGAAACAUACUCAUGAUUGCCAAGUGUCACCUCAAGCUGAGUGAUGUGCCCAGUGCAAUAGAGUGGCUGCACAAGGCCUACCAACUACCCACCACCACUCCAGACGAUGUGAGCUCUCAGAGGGAGGUAGAGGAAUUGCUGACACAGCAUGACCUGGACUUUGCUACAUAGCACCUAUUAAACAAUUCUGCUGAGAACUUUAUUCCAUUCUAUAUAACUCUACCCUCUUGUUUAUUUAUAUAGAUCCUUGAUUUAUAGUACACAUCAACUUUCAUAUUAUCGUAUAAUUAUAUAAACUUUAUUGGAAGAAUAUUUUGCACAAAUAA